UCAAAUUUGUUUCAGUUUUUUAAUAUAUCAAUAUUAAUUGUAAAAAUAUCAAUUAAAAGCAAACUAUUCCAAUAAGUUUAAUGUGCACAUUUACAUCAUAUGCUAUAUUGCUAUAUUUACAUCAAUGAAAUAGAAUCAAACUAAGAAGUUCAAGAGGAUUAGAACGAAACUAAAAUGCAGAAGCAUUUUAUUAUUCAGCAUGGAUGAGAAAGUUGUUACAUUUUCGGACUUUAAUGCAGCUAUGAUAGAAUUGCUACCAAAGAAACAUAUUCAAUAAGAGUUAUUUUGUGGAAAUGGUAACUCUAUUGUCGAAAUGGAAGAGCGGUGAAAUGAAAAUUUCCUAUUUGACAGUUUAUUAACACGACACAUGUCGGUAAAGUAGUGUAAAUCAAACGUUAUAGAAAGAUUGCUGACGGUGACUAAUGAAAAAGCGAUCUAAAAAGUGUAGGUGAAAAUUAUAAAUCCACAAAUUUGUAAUUCAAUUAUAAGAAACACGUAUUAAAAUAUUGAGGAAAAAGUUACAUCAACAGCAAAAAUAAUUGAGAGAGAAAAGUUUACUAACAGUGCAUUGAAAAUAAAAAAACCCAACCCAAAGCAAAGAGGUCAGCAGUGAGAAAAAAAGAAAGCAACUACGCCAACGUCGACGAAGACAAGUGCAAGAAGAAUAAGUAAAGGAGUGAACUAUAAGCAACAUUUAAAGAAAGGACCGUAAAGCUUAUAUUUAAAAAAUGUCAUCCGGCGAGUUUGGUAAUCCCCUGCGUAAAUUUAAGCUUGUGUUCCUUGGCGAACAGAGUGUCGGUAAGACUUCGCUGAUCACACGCUUCAUGUACGAUAGCUUCGACAAUACUUAUCAGGCGACAAUUGGUAUUGAUUUUCUUUCGAAAACUAUGUACCUUGAAGAUCGAACCGUGCGUCUGCAAUUAUGGGAUACUGCCGGCCAAGAACGCUUUCGUUCACUUAUCCCCUCAUAUAUUCGCGACUCUACUGUAGCCGUUGUUGUCUACGAUAUAACAAAUACAAAUUCUUUCCACCAAACCUCCAAAUGGAUUGAUGACGUUCGCACGGAACGAGGUAGUGACGUCAUUAUCAUGUUAGUAGGCAACAAGACAGACUUAUCGGACAAACGACAGGUGUCCACCGAAGAGGGUGAACGGAAAGCUAAAGAGUUGAAUGUGAUGUUUAUCGAGACGAGUGCGAAGGCCGGUUAUAAUGUGAAGCAGCUGUUUAGGCGUGUAGCGGCUGCGUUGCCUGGAAUGGAUUCGACAGAAAAUAAACCCUCGGAAGAUAUGCAAGAGGUUGUGCUGAAAGAUUCACCAAAUGAAUCAAAGGAUCCCGAGGGUGGUUGUGCCUGCUGAAGAAUCAACGAAUGUAGUGAACGAUCUAAAAAAAUUUUAAAAACAAUUAUAUAAUUAUAGCAGUCUAGAGCACCGAAUGGUAAUUUAACAGUAUGAAGAUGACGAUGUAGAAAAGUAUAAAAAGGCUUAAGAAGAGAUACACAAUUUUAUGUUUAAGUUUAUUUAUAACGUAAAUAAAACUAAAAUCGAUUAACUGAAUAAACAAUUGAUCUUUAUGGUGGAUAGUAGGCGCAUAAAAACAUUUAAUAUAUAUGAUUAAAUAUGAUAUCAUUAUAUUACAAUUAGUACUGAAACGGUCUAAAAACAAAUGCUAAAUUAGACUGAAAUUGUCAAGCAUUUUUCAGCGAAGAACGAUUGGUAGUUGGUGGGAUUAGCUGAUAGUUUUGUGCUUACAAAGUAAAAGCAACAUUAAUACAACUAAGCAUUUGAAUAAUUGUGAAUCAUAAAAUUUCAUAAAUACAUAUUUAUGUAGCUUUGAAUAUUGUGAAAUGAUCGAAAAAAUGCCAGCCUACUUAAAAACAAUAUGCAAAUGCACCUGACACUUAUAUAGCAUAUAAAAUUGCUAGAAAUUUAAGAGCCAUGGCGCUCAAGUACACCUACAUAAAAUGCAUUUGCAACUUCCAGAAAUACAAUUUAGCCGAAUGUGUAUUUUUUUAAGAUAAUUAUAUAACUUUUAUAUUUCACUGCACAGACUUCGUUUUAUGCUAAACAUACAAUUUGUAAAUUUUAAAAAUCUUUGUUUUAAUAUCUCCCUACCUAAAAUUAUAUAUAAUCUUACAAUCCUGAUGUCUGUAACUAUACUUAAAUGUUUUAGUCAUAUAUAAUUUGAACUUGAUUUGGGUAAACUAACCAAAAAUAUAUAAAUUAAACAGCGAAAUGAUGUGCACAAAUGGUAUGCAAAUAAUAUUUAGUUAAUAAUAAGAAUCUGCUGAAUUUGUCAAGGUGUGCAAAUACAAAGGAUAUACAAAAGGUGAAGCAUACAUAUGAACUUUAUUCAGUUGAAAAAUAGGUAAUUUGUUUUUAUAUUCAGUAUUGUUUACGCAGAUUACAUAAAUGAUAAAUACAUAUUGAUAUAGUAAGCUAAUUUUUUAAAAUCGAUGCAUAUAUAUUUCACUUGGAUGCACUUAUAUAUGUACAUAUAUCUAAUAUAAUACAAUUUUAUAAAUAUAACUUUUAAAAUUGCUUAACAUUCCUGUUUAUUUUAUUGUGUUACUAUCUAAUUUGUAUUAAUGUAAAACAUUAUUAUCUUUUAAUACUCAAUUGAGUUAUUUACUUAACUUCUUAUAGAGAAAUAAUUGAACAAUUUUACAUGUGCUAAGCUUCAAAGAUGGUAGAACCACAGUUUACACAAUUUUAUAUAUCUAUCGUAAAAACUGCUCGUUGCGUUGGCUUUUGUUAAACUCGGAUUCAUAGUUUUGGUUCCUCACACUUGUAAAAAAUAUAUGUUAUAUUGAGUUUUUAGUAAUUAUUCAAUCAACUUUUUUCAAAGACAUGAAAAUACCAAACAUUUAUCAGUACCUGUUAUUGCUAUUCAUAUUUUUACUUCCUCUAGUUUUAUUUUAAGUUCUGCUGAAAAUAUUUAGACUGUAAAAAUGCAUCUAUACGUAGGUUUGCUCACCGGCUACCACUGUGUGUUCAAGCAUAUGAAGAUUAAAGCAAUGUCUCGCUGAAUAACAAAUUAUAUAGUUAAUUGCAAAACCGACAGUCACAUUAUUUUAAAAACCACAUAUUCAGCCUAACACAACUAAAGAUUAAAAACAAAAUGACAAAACAAAAAAAAAAAAAAAAAACGAAAUGAUUUAAUAAUACAACAAAUUGGGUCAUCUUAUUAUCAAUGACAUGCAAAAAGCACAUUCAAAAAUUUGACUAGCUUCGAAUUAAUGCCCGCCAAAAUGAAAAUUCUAAUGCAGCUUAACAAUAGCAUUAAUUAAAUUAUGAGAUUGCGAUCAUUGACGUAAAAAGCAAAUAACUACCAAAAGUAAGCGUAAUGAAGUUUAUAUGAAAAUUAAACGAAACAUUUUAAGCAAAUUACACAUUAAGUUAAAGCAUUUGAAUGAUCAGUGGAAAUUGCACUUGCUACGUGAAAAUAUUUUUAAAGGAAUAACAUAUUUGCAAUAAAGUUUUUUGAAAUACAUAAUCCAUUAUCUAAUUUUGUUGUUUCGUACAUUUUGCGUGUAAGUAGGAAAGUAAAUAACAAAAAAAUAAGUACAAAAAUAACACUCAGACCCUACGUAGGUUGCAUAAAUUCCACCAGAAUAAAAACGAACAUUUAUGCAUACGUAAAUUUGUUGACACAAAUUUUUAGCAGCAACAGAAAUGACAGUUCCAUAAUUGUGUUACGUUAAGAACGUUAAAUAUAAUGUAGAAAGUUAUUAUUAAUAUUUAAAAGUAAGCUAAAUCUACUGUAUGGCAACCUCAUACAACGAACAUGUUGGUUGAAGUAAUGACACAACACAAUUUUUGUUGCCUUCGCAUCGUCCUUGUGUGGUUAGCGUUAUUUGACAUUUACCGGUUGAGCUGWGCGAAUACGCGUGGCUGUGAUAGUCUUUCUUAUUAUAAACUUUUAUAACUACAAUUAUAAAUAACUGGGAGCAACAUUUAUGGUAUUUGAUUUGAUAAUUCAUUACAUAAUUUUUAGAUGACUGGGCAUUGUUUUAUACGGACAAAAGUACUUCACAUGGAAAAGACAGCGGAAGGAAUUUAUUGGCGAAAUAUGUGGAAAAUAUGUGCAGACUCAUGCAAACACGAUAUGCGCCUAUUACUUAAAAUGUAUCCAAAGGAUUACAUAUAACUUAUUGGCGAAAUAUGUGGCAAAUAUGUACAGACUCGUGCGCAUUAUUUGAUACUGACAAGUACGUCACAUGGAAAAGACAACCAUCAACAGGAACUUAUUGUAAAAUAUGUGCAGACUGAGGCAAACACUUGUUUAAAAUGUAUCCAAAGGAUUAUAUAAUAUAUUUAAAAUUUAAUUUUAUUACACUAAGUGCAUAUAUAUGUGAUUAUUUAAUUAUUACUUUUUAUUAAUAUUUAAAUGCAAUGGAAAUUAGUUGCAUAAAAACGCCUGUUUGCGUUCAUGUUUUUCUAUUUCAUCUUUAAAUAUACGUUGGUUCUGUUAAUUCUUUU